AUGGAGCUGUAUUUUGGUGAAUAUCAACAUGUGCAACAGGAAUAUGGUGUCCACCUGAGACUUGCAAGUGAUGAAACCAGAAAGUCCAGGAAUCCCCAGCAUGCUAAGGCAGGCUCCUACGGGGUCAGUAUUCGGGUCCAGGGCAUUGAUGGCCACCCCUACAUAGUCCUCAAUAACACAGAGCAGUGUCUGGCAGGCACGUCUUUUUCUGAAAACGGGCCAUCGUUUCCAGCUCCGAUGUUAAACAGCCUGCCCCUCCAUCCCAGCAAGGGGUCUGUGGUGGAAGAGAACAGUGCAGAAGAACUGCAGCUCCCAGAAAACCCAUAUGCCCCACCUGGCCCAGCAAGAAACCUGAAACAGCCCUCUCUCUCUGAGGGCAAGAACGGGGCUCUAGAGCGCAAAGAGGAGCCAAGGAAGGCAUCUCCUGUGCUGAACUUUCAGAGGCAUCCAGAGCUUCUACAGCCCUAUGAUCCUGAAAAGAAUGAGUUGAGCUUGAAAAAUCACCAGCCUCCUGAAACCAGUUGGCUGAAAGCUUUAAGAGAAGAAGGGACCAACAGUAAGAAGGCCUGGACUUGCAUGCCCAAACCUAGCCAUUCCCAGCCCACCAGCCCUCCCUCCGAAGACCCGGCCAGGUCCAGCGUGAAGGCCAUCCGUCUCUGCAGCUCCGUGGUCAUCGACGACCCCCAGAAGCAGACCUCGGUGUGUGUGAACGUUCAGAGCUGCAGCAAGGAGGGUCUGGCAGAGGAGGCUCUUGCCCCUAGCGGGAGGCCCCUGCCCACUCCCAGCCUGCAAGCCCACCCGGAAGCCAAGAGAACCAGACCGGAUGUGCUUCCCUUCCGGCGCCAGGACUCAGCCGGGCCGGUUCUGGACGGAGCCCGGUCCCGGAGAUCCUCCUCGUCCUCCACGACUCCCACUUCGGCCAACUCUUUGUACAGAUUUUUACUCGAUGAUCAAGAAUGUGCCAUCCACGCCGACAAUGUGAAUCGUCAUGAAAACAGAAGGUACAUCCCCUUCUUGCCUGGAACUGGGCGGGAUAUUGACACGGGGUCGAUUCCUGGCGUGGAUCAGUUGAUUGAAAAAUUUGACCAAAAACCUGGGAUGCAGAGAAGAGGCAGGUCUGGGAAGAGAAACAGGAUCAACCCAGAAGACAGGAAAAGGUCCCGAAGUGUGGACAGUGCCUUUCCUUUCGGUCUCCAGGGGAACUCGGAGUACCUCACGGAAUUCAGCAGGAACCUGGGCAAGUCCAGCGAACACCUGCUGCGGCCGUCGCAGCUGUGCCCGCAGCGUGCUCAGGAGACCCGCGGGAGGCAAGGCGGGGGGCGCGCCUUCGCCAGGCUGCUGGGAGCCCAGCCCAGGCCGCCCCUGCAGAACAAAGAUGGGAAAGUUCCAGAAAACAAAGGUGCUCAGGAAAGUCCGACUGGGCGCACAUCCUCCCUCCCAGCACAGAGUAAGAAGGAGGAGGAAGUCAAAACAGCCACGGCUACGCUGAUGUUACAGAAUCGGGCGCUGGCGACUUCCCCUGAUUCAGGGACCAAGAGGAUUUCCGUGAAGACGUUUACUUCCACCUCAAAUACUCAGGCCACACCGGAUCUAUUAAAAGGCCAGGAGGAGCUCACUCAGCAAACCAACGAGGAAACGGCCAAGCAGAUACUUUACAGUUACCUCAAAGAAGGAAGCACUGAUAAUGAUGAUGCUACUAAGAGGAAGGUCAACCUCGUGUUUGAGAAAAUCCAGACUUUGAAAUCUCGAGCAGCAGGGAGCACGCAAGGAAAUAAUCAAGCUUCUAAUUCUUCAUCUGAAGUCAAAGAUCUCUUGGAACAGAAGAACAAGUUGACCACAGAAGUGGCUGAACUUCAGACACAGCUUCAACUGGAAGUCAAGAAUCAACAGAACAUCAAAGAAGAGAGAGACAGGAUGAAAGCAGACUUAGAAGUGUUGCAAAGCCAGCAUGACAGCAAGGUGGAGGAGAGCACUGCGCUGCAGCGGCAGCUGGAGGAAAGUGAAGGGGCGCUCCGGAGACACCUGGAGGAGCUGUUCCAGGUGAAGAUGGAACGGGAGCAGCACCAGACUGAAAUCAGAGAUCUCCAGGACCAGCUCUCGGAAAUGCAUGAUGAAUUGGACAGUGCGAAACAAUCUGAGGACAGGGAGAAGGGGGCUCUGAUUGAGGAGCUCCUGCAGGCAAAGCAGGACCUUCAGCAUCUGCUCAUUGCCAAAGAGGAGCAGGAAGACCUCUUGAGGAAGCGGGAGCGUGAACUCACCGCGCUGAAGGGAGCCCUGAAGGAAGAGGUUUCCAGCCAUGACCGGGAGAUGGACAAGCUGAAGGAGCAGUAUGACGCCGAGCUGCUGGCCCUGCGGGAGAGCGUGGAGGAGGCCACUAAGAACGUCGAGGUCCUGGCCAGUCGGAGCAGUACUGCAGAGCAAACCCAGCUGGGGGCAGAGAUGCGUGUGAAGGCUCUGCAGGAGGAGAACGAGGAGCUGCGGGGGAGUGUGGAAGAGCUGGAGUGCACUGUGGCUCGGCUGCAGAGGCAGCUUGCUGACCUUCAAGAUGACGAGGCCAGAGCGAAGGAGACACUCAAGAAGUGCGAGGGAGAAACUCGGCAAUUAGAAGAGGCCCUUCUGCAUGCAAGAAAGGAAGAGAAAGAAGCCACGUCAGCCAAAAGGGCCUUGCAGACUGAGCUGGAAGAGGCUCAGAGAAAUCUGAGCCGGGCCACCCAGGAACAGAAGCAGCUGUCUGAGAGGCUCAAAGACGAGACCGAGCAGAAGGAGCAGUUAAGGAGACUGAAGAAUGAAAUGGAGAAUGAGCGAUGGCACCUUGACAAGACCAUUGAGAAGCUGCAGAAGGAGAUGGCCGACAUUGUCGAGGUGUCCCGCACAUCAACGCUGGAGCUCCAGAACCAACUGGAUGAAUACAAGGAGAAAAAUCGCAGGGAACUUGCGGAGAUGCAACGACAGUUGAAGGAGAAAACUCUAGAGGCAGAAAAGUCCCGUCUGACUGCCAUGAAGUUGCAGGAUGAGAUGCGCCUGAUGGAGGAAGAGUUACGGGACUAUCAGAGAGCUCAGGAAGAAGCGCUCACGAAAAGGCAGCUUCUGGAGCAGACACUCAAGGACCUGGAGUACGAGCUGGAGGCGAAGAGUCACCUCAAGGAUGACCGGGGCCGACUCGUCAAGCAGAUGGAGGACAAGGUGUCUCAACUGGAGAUGGAGCUGGAAGAAGAAAGAAACAACUCGGAUUUGCUGUCUGAGAGGAUCACCCGGAGCAGGGAACAGAUGGAGCAGAUGCGGAAUGAGCUACUUCAGGAGCGAGCCAUGAAGCAAGACUUGGAGUGUGACAAGAUUUCCCUGGAGAGACAGAACAAGGACUUAAAGAGCCGGAUUAUCCACCUGGAAGGUUCCUACAGGUCCAGCAAAGAGGGCCUGGUGGUGCAGUUGGAGGCCAGGAUCGCAGAGCUGGAGGACCGUCUGGAGAGCGAGGAGAGGGACAGGGCCAGCCUCCAACUGAGCAACCGCCGGCUGGAGCGGAAGGUGAAGGAGCUGGUGAUGCAGGUGGACGACGAGCACCUGUCACUGACUGAUCAGAAGGACCAGUUGAGCUUGCGCUUGAAGGCAAUGAAGCGACAGGUGGAGGAGGCCGAGGAGGAAAUCGACAGGCUGGAAAGUUCUAAGAAGAAGCUGCAGAGGGAGCUGGAGGAGCAGAUGGAUGUGAAUGAACAGCUGCAGGGCCAGCUCAACUCCAUGAAGAAGGACUUAAGACUUAAGAAGCUGCCAAGCAAAGUGCUGGAUGACGUGGAUGACGAUGACGACCUCAGCACGGAUGGGGGGAGCCUCUAUGAGGCACCGCUGAGCUACACCUUCCCCAAGGACAGCACCGUUGUCAGCCAGAUCUGA